CUGAGUAUUGAAUAGGAAUAAACCAAGAGAGCAAUAAUCAUCUUUCAGACAGCUUUUAGAAACCCUUUCUGGAUUCUGUCAAACCUUUUCGUUUUGGGACACUCAGGUCUAGUAGGAUAUGGGUGACGUUGAGAUGGCGAUCUUUGGGGUGGCGUCGCCGUUCCUCCGCAAGCCGGAGCGAGAGCGGGUCGCCGCCCAGAACAUGCCCUUCGACGCCAAAACGGCCUUCUUCGUCACCGACGCGAGGCAGGAGUACGUGAAGGGCAAGAUCAAGAAGCAAGACGGCUCCAAGAUCACCGUGGAAACCGAGGACGCAAAGAUUGUGGUGGUUCAGCAGGAUGACCUGCGGCCCAUGAACCCCCCCAAGUACGAUAAGAUCGAGGACAUGGCCAUGCUGACCCACCUCCACGAGCCCGCCGUGCUCUACAACCUGAAGGAGCGCUACGCCGCCUGGAUGAUCUACACCUAUUCGGGGCUGUUCUGUGUGACAGUGAACCCCUACAAGUGGCUGCCGGUCUACAACCCAGAGGUCGUGGCCGGAUACCGCGGGAAAAAGCGCCAGGAGGUCCCACCGCACAUCUUCUCCAUCUCCGACAACGCUUACCAGUACAUGCUAACCGAUCGUGAGAACCAGUCAAUCCUUAUCACCGGAGAAUCCGGAGCUGGAAAGACUGUGAACACCAAGCGGGUCAUUCAGUAUUUUGCAACAAUUGCAUCUUAUGGGGAUCCAAGCAAGAAAGAGCCACUUGAUGGUAGAAUGCAGGGAACCCUGGAGGAUCAAAUCAUCCAGGCCAACCCCCUGCUGGAGGCCUUCGGUAACGCCAAGACCGUCAGAAACGACAACUCCUCUCGCUUUGGCAAAUUCAUUCGCAUCCACUUUGGAACAAAGGGGAAGUUGUCGUCGGCUGAUAUUGAAACCUAUCUACUGGAGAAGUCUAGGGUGACCUUUCAACUCCCGGCUGAGAGAAGCUAUCACAUCUUCUAUCAGAUCCUGUCCAAUCAAAAGCCAGAAUUAACUGAGUUGCUGCUGAUCACCACCAACCCUUAUGACUACCCGUUCAUCAGCCAGGGGGAGAUCACUGUUCAAAGCAUCAGCGACCAAGAAGAGCUGGUCGCCACUGAUAGCGCGAUUGAUAUCCUUGGGUUCAGCACAGAGGAAAAGAUGGGCAUCUACAAGCUGACCGGCGCAGUGAUGCAUCAUGGGAACAUGAGGUUCAAGCAGAAACAGCGGGAGGAGCAGGCUGAGCCUGAUGGCACAGAAGUGGCAGACAAAGUGGCUUACCUCAUGGGCAUGAACUCUGCAGAUCUACUGAAGGCGCUAUGCUAUCCAAGAGUGAAAGUUGGAAAUGAGUAUGUCACGAAAGGACAGACCGUGCAACAGGUGAACAACUCAACGGGUGCCCUCUCUAAAGCUGUCUAUGAAAGACUGUUCCUCUGGAUGGUGACCAGGAUUAACAAACAGCUCGACACACAACUGCCCAGGCAGCACUUCAUCGGCGUCCUCGACAUCGCUGGCUUUGAGAUAUUUGAGAUGAACAGUCUGGAACAGCUGUGCAUCAACUUCACCAACGAGAAGCUCCAGCAGUUCUUCAACCACCACAUGUUUGUGUUGGAGCAAGAAGAGUACAAGAAGGAAGGCAUCGACUGGGAGUUCAUUGACUUUGGCAUGGACCUGGCAGCCUGCAUUGAGCUCAUUGAGAAGCCCAUGGGCAUCCUAUCCAUCCUCGAGGAGGAGUGCAUGUUCCCCAAGGCCACCGACGUGUCCUUCAAGAACAAGCUGUAUGACCAGCACCUGGGCAAGAACAGCUGCUUCCUGAAGCCCAAAGCCUCCAAGAGCAAGGCCGAGGCCCACUUCUCCCUGGUGCACUACGCCGGCACAGUGGACUACAACAUCUCGGGCUGGCUGGAGAAGAACAAGGACCCGCUCAACGAAACCGUGGCCCAGCUCUACCAGAAGGCGGGCCUGAAGCUGUUGGGCAAGCUGUUCGCCACCUACGCCUCCACCGACGACGGAAGUAGGAGGAGUGCCAAGAAAAAGGGCUCUUCCUUUCAGACGGUUUCUGCACUGUUCAGGGAGAACCUCAACAAGCUCAUGUCCAACCUCCGGUCUACCCAUCCUCAUUUUGUCAGGUGCAUCAUCCCAAAUGAAACCAAAACACCAGGAUCCAUGGAGCACUACCUCGUACUGCACCAGCUGCGCUGUAACGGGGUGUUGGAGGGCAUCCGGAUCUGCAGGAAAGGGUUCCCCAGCAGGAUCCUCUACGGGGACUUCAAACAGAGGUACAGAAUCCUGAAUGCUAGUGCGAUACCGGAAGGGCAGUUCAUUGACAGCAAAAAAGCAUCAGAGAAACUCCUCGGCUCCAUUGAUGUGGACCACGGCCAGUACAAGUUUGGAUACACAAAGGUGUUCUUCAAAGCUGGACUGUUGGGUCUUCUGGAGGAGAUGAGAGACGAACGCCUGGCUGUGCUGAUCACCCGAAUUCAGGCCGUUUCUCGCGGUUACGUCGGCCGGCAGAGAUUCAAAGCGAUGACCAAGAAUAGGGAAUCGAUAUACAUCAUUCAGUACAACAUCCGCUCCUUCAUGAGUGUGAAGAACUGGCCCUGGAUGAGGCUCUACUUCAAGAUCAAGCCGCUGCUCCGGAGCGCUGAGGCGGAGAAGGAGAUGCAGAACAUGAAGGAGGAGCUAUCCCGGCUGAGAGAGGAGUACCUCCGAUCAGAGGCCCGGAGGAAGGAGCUGGAGCAGAAGAUGGGGAUUAUGGUUCAGGAGAAGAAUGACCUCUUCCUUCAGAUUCAAGCCGAGCGGGAUAACCUGUGCGACGCCGAGGAGCGUUGCGAGGGUCUCAUCAAGAGCAAGAUCCACCUGGAGGCCAAGGUGAAGGAAUUCUCAGAGAGGAUGGAGGAAGAGGAGGAGAUCAACGCCGAGUUGACGGCCAAGAAGAGGAAGCUGGAGGACGAGUGUUUGGAUCUCAAGAGGGACAUCGAUGACCUGGAACUCAUCAUCGCCAAGGUGGAGAAGGAGAAGUACGCCACUGAGAAUAAGGUCAAGAACUUGGUAGAGGAAUUGGCAGGGCUGGAGGACCACCUGCUAAAGUCUUCCAAGGAGAUUAAAUCACUACAAGAGGUGCAUCAGCAGACUCUGGACGAUCUCCAAGCUGAAGAGGAUAAAGUGAACUCCAUGACCAAGAGCAAGGUCAAGUUGGAGCAACAGGUGGACGAUCUCGAAGGGUCCCUGGAGCAAGAGAAGAAGGUGCGAGCCGAUCUGGAAAGAACCAGGAGGAAGCUGGAGGGAGAUCUCAGGCUUUCCCAGGAGAACAUCAUGACCAUAGAGAGUGACCGACAGCGGCAGCAGGAAACACUGAAACAAAAGGACUUUGAGGUCAUCAACCUACAGAGCCGAAUGGAAGAUGAACAGACUCUUAGUAUACAACUCCAAAAGAAAAUCAAAGAGCAGCAGGCCCGCAUUGAGGAGCUGGAGGAGGAGAUGGAGGCGGAGCGUUCAUCCCGGGCCAAGGUGGAGCAGCAGAGGUCGGACCUGUCCCGGGAGCUGGAGGAGAUCAGCGAGAGGCUGGAGGAGGCGGGCGGAGCCACCGCCGCCCAGGUGGAGGUCAACAAGAAGCGGGACGUGGAGUUCCACCGCCUUCGCCGGGACCUGGAGGAGUCGACCCUGCAGCACGAGACAACGACGGCCGCCCUGCGCAGGAAACAGGCGGACUGCACCGCCGAGCUCGGCGAGCAGAUAGACAACCUCCAGAGGGUGAAGCAGAAGCUGGAGAAGGACAAGAGCGAGCUCAAGAUGGAGGUGGACGACCUGGUCUGCAACAUGGAGAGUGUUCUGAAGAGCAAGGCAAAUCUGGAAAAACUAUGCAGGAGCCUGGAAGACCAAAGCACCGAAUACAAAAGCAAAGCGGAGGACGCCCAGAGGUCUCUGAGUGAUUACACCACACUCGCCAGUUGUCUGCAGACAGAAAACGGGGAACUUUCCCGGCAGGUUGAGGAGAAGGACGCCGCUCUGUCUCAGAUACACAGGGUGAAGAACACGGCCAGUCAACAAACUGAGGAGCUGAAGAGACAUCUGGACGAAGAGACCAAGGCCAAGAGCUCCCUGGCCCACGCUCUGCAGUCGGCGCGCCACGACUGCGAGCUCCUGCGGGAGCAGUACGAGGAGGAGCAGGAGGCCAAGGGGGAGCUGCAGAGAGGCCUGUCCAAGGCCAACAGCGAGGUGGCCCAGUGGCGGACCAAGUACGAGACGGACGCCAUCCAGAGGACCGACGAGCUGGAGGAGGCCAAGAAGAAGUUGGCUCAGAGGCUUCAGGAAUCCGAGGAGUCAACAGAGGCCAUAAACGCCAAGUGUGGGUCGCUGGAGAAGACCAAGCAAAGGUUGCUGGCGGAGGUGGAGGACCUCAAUGUGGAGCUGGAGCGGUCGAAUGCAUCCAGCGCCAUGUUGGACAAGAAGCAGAGGAACUUUGACAAGGUUCUUGGUGACUGGAAACAGAAGUUGGAGGAGAGCCAGUCUGAACUGGAGGUCUCUCAGAGGGAGUCCAGAACCGUGAGCACCGAGCUGUUCAAGCUGAAGAACUCCUACGAGGAGGCCUUGGACCACCUGGAGAGCAUGAUGCGGGAGAACAAAAACCUCCAGCAGGAGAUAACCGACAUCACCGAACAACUGGGCCAAUCGGCAAAGACCAUCCACGAGAUGGAGAAAGCUGCCAAGCAAGUGGAACAGGAAAAGAGUGAAAUCCAAGUUGCUCUUGAGGAAGCAGAGUCCUCCAUGGAACAGGAAGAGGCCAAACUGCUGCACCUCCAGCUGGAGCUGAACCAGAUCCGCUCGGAGAAGGACCGCAGGGUGCUCGAGAAGGACGAGGAGCUGGACCUGCUGAAGAGGAGCCACCUGAGGGCUGUGGACACCCUGCAGGGCUCCCUGGACGCCGAGGCCCGCAGCCGCAACGACGCCGUGCGCCUCAAGAAGAAGCUGGAGAGCGACCUCAACGAGAUGGAGGUCCACCUAGGCCACGCCAACUUCCAGGCGUCGGACGCCACCAAGCAGCUCAGGAACAUCCAGGCGCAGUACAAGGACACUCAGGUUUGUCUGGAUGAGGCCGUCCACAGCCAGGAGGACCUGAAGGAGCAGCUGGCGAUCGCGGAGCGCCGGAGCGCCCUCCUGGCGGCGGAGGUGGAGGAGACGAUGGAGGCCCUGGAGCAGUCCGAGAGGAGCCGCAAGCUCGCCGAGCAGGAGCUGGUGGCCGUCAGCGAGAGGGUUCAGCUGCUUCAUGCCCAGAACACCUGUCUCCUGAGCAGCAAAAAGAAGAUGGAUUCCGAUAUUAGUCAGCUGCACGCUGACAUGGAGGAUACAGUCCAGGAAGCCCAGAGUGCAGAUAAUAAGGCCAAGAAGGCCAUCGCAGAUGCGGCCAUGAUGGCGGAGGAGCUGAAGAAGGAGCAGGACACCUGCGCCCACCUGGAGAGGAUGAAGAAGAACCUGGAGGUGACCGUGAAGGACCUGCAGCAGCGCCUGGACGAGGCCGAGAACCUGGCCCUGAAGGGCGGCAAGAAGGAGCUGCAGAAGCUGGAGACCAGGGUCCGGGAGCUGGAGGCAGAGCUGGAGGCGGAGCACAAACGCAGUGGGGACUCCAUGAAGGCCGUGCGCAAAUAUGAGCGAAGAAUGAAGGAGGUCACCCAUCAGGGGGAGGAGGAGAUGAAGAACGCCGCCAGGCUGCAGGACCUGGUCAACAAACUGCAGCUCAAAGUGAAGGUGUACAAGCGCCAGUGUGAGGAGACGGAGGAGCUGAGCAGUGCGCAUCUCGCCAAGUCCCGCAAGGCUCAGCACGACCUGGAGGAGGCGCUGGAGCGCGCCGACAUCGCAGAGUCUCAAGUCAACAAACUCCGCGCUAAAAGUCGCAAUAUUGCUGGCAAAGGAGAAUAGGAAAAGUAUAUUCUCAGUGCUCUUGUGUUUCUGAAUGUAAUAGAAUGAGUUCUGGCUUUUUUUUGUUUGUUUAGAGAAUACAGUGUAUUUCGAAUUUAUUGGAGAAAUAUAAUGCAAUUUGGCACAUGUACACAAUACAUAUGCCUUUACUUAUAUAUGUGGUUCAACAGUAGGUAUAAUAUAAAUACAAUGUUUAUUGUGUGUUAAAGUGUUUCCUUGCGUUUUUUUUGUGAGACAUGAAUAAAUGUUUGUCAAAGUAUAGGUCAGGUAUCAAGUUGCACAAUGUAUCAAAUUACCUAUCGUUUUUCA